ACACACACGCGCGCACGCACGCACACACGGAGCAUCCUCCCGGCAGGUCUCCCGGUGCAGCCCCGCCCGCGCCUCCGGCAGCCCGCAGACCUCCCUCUCCCCGCACCGCCGCGCCCCCCAUCCCCGACCUUCCUCUGCCCACCCCUCCCUCCGGCUCCCGAACCCUUCCCGCCGACCUCCCACCCCCACCUCCGGGAUGGAGCGGCUUGAGCCAGCUCGGAGCCCCCCGCGGCCGGGGUGAAGAGCCAGCCCUGAGACCCCCCCUCCGCCACCGGGCUCGCACCUCGAGCACCAUGGGCCGGAGGGGUUCCCGGGGCGUCGCACGCUGAAGAUGACCGAUGCUGCAGUUCUCUCGAGCCAUGGCUUCUUCAAAGCUCCGAGAACCUGCAGAUGACGUUUUUGACCUGGACCUGGCUGUGCCUGAGACCGCCAGGCUGGACAGCAGCUUACACAAGGCCCGGGCCCAACUGCUGGCCAAGGGCCGGAGGCAUCGGCCAUCCCGCUCGAGGCUCCGCGACAGUGCCAGCUCUGCUGAGGAUGGUGAAGGCUCCGAUGGGCCAGGAGGCAAGGUGACCGACGGCUGCGGGAGUCCUCUGCACCGGCUGCGCUCGCCUCUGCACUCGGGCCCGGGGUCCCCGGCAGGGGGCUCUUUCUGUCUGGAGCCUCCCGGGCUGCGGCGCAGCCUGGAUGAGGACGAGCCGCCGCCCUCUCCGCUUACACGCUACCGGCCCCUGCACAACGCCGCCUCGCACGAGGGUCUGGCCGCCGCCUCCUGCUCGCCACCGCGCUCGGCGCCCUCCUCCGACAGCUCGCCCAGCUUCGUGCGCCGCUACCUUCGCGCGGAGCCGCACAGCGAAGAUGACAGCCGGGAUGCCAGCCCUCCUGAGCCGGCGAGCCCGACGAUCGGGCUGGACAAGAAGACUCGCCGGAAGUUUCUGGACCUGGGGGUCACCUUACGCCGGGCAUCCACUGGCAAGAGCCGGAAAGAUAAGGGGAGCAACCGCCUGUCCAUGGGAAGCAGGGAGUCGGUGGAAGGGUCUGGCAGGUCAGGGGGCUCGCCAUUCCUGCCCUUUUCCUGGUUCACAGACAGUGGCAAGGGCUCAGCAUCCUCCGGCAGCACCACCUCCCCCACCUGCUCCCCUAAGCACGAGGGCUUCAGCCCUAAGAAAUCAGCUUCCCAGGAAUCUACCUUGAGUGAUGAUUCCACGCCCCCGAGCAGCAGCCCCAAGAUCCCAAGUGGUCCCCGGCAGGAGGCCAAGUGUUCCUACCCCUACCACACACUAUCCCAGUCUUCAGAUGAGUUCCUGGAUGAACCCCUACCCACUGUCCACCACUGGACCAGUCAGCAGGUGGGCCAGUGGCUGCACAGCCUCAACCUGGAGCAGUAUGCCGCCGAGUUCGCUGCCCGGCAGGUGGACGGGCCACAGCUGCUGCAGCUGGAUGGCAGCCGACUGAAGAGCCUGGGGCUCAGCAACUCGCAUGACCGGGCGCUGGUGAAGCGGAAGCUGAAGGAGCUGGCAGUGGCCGCAGAGAAGGAGCGCAAGGCGCAGGAGAAGGCAGCUCGGCAGCGGGAGAAGCUGCGGCGCCGGGAGCAGGAGGCCAAGCGGAGCUAGGGGAGGGGCAGGGGCACUGUGGUGUCUCUCCAGGGGAACCUGGACCUGGCUCCAAGUCCUCUAGCCCCGCAUCACUCGGUCUGGGCCCAGAGCCCUCAGCAACGGAGAUCCUCGGGGAAUGGGCCCUGUAAUAAACCCUAUUUCAAGGAC